ACUAAGGAAAGGCAAUCAAUGCGACGGUGGCGCAUCCCAGCGCACAGAUACGAAAGUUUCCCCUAUGCGUCGUAUCUUUUUCGUGAAGACCACGUUAAGCUACAAUGCGAAGGAUCAAUUUAAGGCUGGCGAAGGAGCGAAUCCGCGAACAAAAUCCCGAAAUAAAAUGGGGAAGAUAAAAAGAGGAGGGAUUUUUAUUAGGAGGAAGAAAGAGAAAGCAAUGGGGAAGAAGCGGAAAACCCUCGCCUCAGGUGCGAUGCGAGAGCACGACUCCCCUUUCGUCGAACGUUUCCGUGUCGUCGAAUUCUCAAUCUCGAUUGGCAAUUGGGUCUUCCAUGCUCAUCUUUUCUUGUUCUUUUUGCGAGUUAUUUGGUACUCUGUCAUGAAAUCGCGCAGCUGAUUUAGGUACUUGGAGCUUGGUUCUCUUGCUUGCGUUCGGGCUUCCGAUAAAAGGGCUGUCUCGUUGGUGACUUGUAUUCUAGUCGUAGUCUUGUAGUCCAUGGAAAAGAUCACUGACGAGCUCAAUGUCCAAGUGUGAAAUUAUAAUGAUAUUGCCCAAACAAGUGUAGUACAUGAGGAUGGUUCCAAUUCCAUAUUGCAAGACGCCAGCUUGAAGCAUUGCAUAGUGUACCAAAGGAGACGGAAGAAGAAUUCGUCAGACACUAAUUCUGCUGUUUCUUUGUCUGGGAUUUUUGAAAUGGUCUCAAUCCUGAAGGGUCGCGAUGGAACAUCUCUUACUAGCAAUCAAGCAUCAUCAGUGGAGAAAGAAACUCAUGUUGGGACUGAAUCCUUUACUGACUCUAAAAUGGACAUGUUUCAACAUACAGAAUCAGCACUCAACCUUGCAACUGUACCUGAAAUCUCUGAGUCUCUUGAUGACAUCAAAAACAAUGUGGCAUGCAAGAUUGAUAUGGAAGAUAGUGAUUCUAAUAAACUUGCUAAUCAAGCUUUACCAAUUGAAACCAAUUUAUCACCUGAGUUAUCUUCAAACUCAUACCAGCUGGAAGCCUAUUCUAUCCAGUUUGAAAAGAGCAGAAAAAAAGAAAUAAGUUUAAGUGGUUUUUCAUAUGACAUUCAACAUAUCUGCUCAGACGUAACAUCAACUUGUACCUUGCAGCCAGUUGCUGCAUCUGUUGAUGCUAAUGAAUUUAGUAGGGUCUCUUCAUCAGAUGAAGUUAGGAGAAUUAUGGAGGUGAAAUGUGACAUAAAGGCCAAAGCAACAUCCACCAGUGAAGUAAUAAAGAAGACUGAGAGUUGUUUCGAUAACUCUGGUGAUGGUCAGCAUGUUGCUGCAGAAGGAAGCCCAAAAUUGCUUCCUGCUGGUCAGAAGGACGAAUGUGCUACUCUAUUGUUCCAAUUAGAAAACAAAGUUCUCAGGGAUGCCUCAUCACUAAUCCACUCUAGGGAGGCAUCUAAACUAGGAAGUGGAGAUGGAUCAGAGAGUGGGCAAUCAGCCGUUCAUGAAAAGAAUUCUUUGGACUUUAAAAACAGGUGUAAUGAUUCAUAUGCUGUUCAUGUGAAAGAACAUGCUCCUUCAUCAGUGAAUCAUGUUGUGAAAGAUGUCUCUUCUGAUGUGACCAAGGACCGGGAUCAGAGUUCAAAUUUAGCAGCCUUGUCUGACACGGAAACAUUGUUGAGUUCUUCUAGGAAGAAGCUAAUCGUUCUUGAUUUGAAUGGUUUACUUGCUGAUAUCAAUCAGGAGUAUCAUUAUGCUCAUAAAGCACAUAGGAGAGUUGGAGGAAAAUUAGUUUUUAAAAGGCCCUUCUGUGAUGAUUUUCUGAAGUUUUGUUUUGAGAGAUUUCAUGUGGGUGUGUGGUCUUCAAGAAGAAGAUAUAAUGUUGAUGUGGUGGUUGAUUUUCUCAUGGGAAAUUUGAGACAUAAACUGUUAUUUUGUUGGGACCAAUCAAAAUGCACGGAUACUGGGUAUACAACAAUAGAGAACAUGCAUAAACCACUGGUUCUUAAAGAACUAAAGAAAUUGUGGAACAAUGAGGGACAUGAUCUUCCGUGGGAAAAGGGAGAGUACUCACCAUCAAACACAUUGCUUGUGGAUGAUUCUCCUUACAAAGCCAUUUGCAAUCCUCCACACACUGCUAUUUUUCCAUUUCCAUAUAAAUUCACGGACGAAAAUGACAAUUCAUUAGGGCCAGGAGGUGAUCUACGUGCUUAUUUGGAAGGGCUAACAAUGGCUGAUGAUGUUCAACUCUAUGUUCAAGGACAUCCCUUUGGUCAACAAGCUAUACUAGAUAGUAAUCCAUCAUGGAAUUUCUACCUAAAAAUAAUUGAUAAAAUUCAGAAUUCAUCAUCUCUAACUGCUUCAAGAGGAUGACAUUUAAAUGUCCUUUUCAUCUUAGAAGGUUCCCAGCUUAAUAGUCAUCUUGUUUUUUGAUAGAUGGUCCAUCAUAUUCUGCUUAUAUGUGGCAACCUGAUAGUUCUUCAUUAUUUUUCUUAGUGAGAUGAACAGGGAUAGUGACAAAUGCUGAUCAAGACAGCCUUUCUGUUGUUUUGGAAACUGUGCAAACCAUUGUUUGCUUGCUGCUGUUGAUUUUUUGUCUUCUGAGAGGAUCAUAACACUAUCAACUUGCAGAUUUCCCAGCCACCAGGUGGUGUUCGAUUGUACAGGUGCUACAGUGUUGUAUAAAUUUUGUUAAAUGUGCAACUGCCUAUCUUUCCGUUCA